AUGGCUCAGGAAAGACAAGAAAAGAUGAAAGCUGAUUUACGGCAGAAAAUUGAUUCCCGAGACCACAAGAUGGCCGAGGUCAAAUCAUCUGAAAUAAACUGCAAUAGUAGCUUGGAUGCCGAAUGGCUGGAGAUCAACAGUUUCUUCUCAGAGGUGAUGAAAAUUGCGGAGGAUGCUAAAGAGAAAGCAUGCCAGACUGUGGACGACAGGAGACGGAAAGUGAAAAGAGAAGCACAAGAUCUCACCCACAAGCUGCAAAGAGAAAUUGAUGUGCUCAAAAAAGCCACUGAUGACCUAGACAACAACCCAGACUUGGAGCUUUCUCCUGUAACAGGCCUGAAAGAAUCUGAUAACUGGAAAACUUUAUGUGACAACACUUCACUCUUCUUCGGGACACUGCGAGGUACGACUUCAGCCAUGAUGAAGCAAAUUGGCCAGGAAAUAGAAAAACUCGCAUCCAAAGACCUCGAGAGGAUUUCUACAUUUGGAGUGGACGUGAAGCUGGACCCGACUUCUGCACACUCAAGUCUUGUAAUUUCUGAUAAUGGUAAAGAAGUGAGAAAAGGUGGAAAAACAGCAAAAGAUCCUAAUUCUCCCCAGAGGUCUGAUAUAUUUGGAAGUGUCCUGGGGCUCAACAGGCUGACAUCAGGGAAAUCAUACUGGGAGGUGGAAGUCAGCAACAAGACCGGGUGGGAUGUGGGUGUGGCCAGAUGUGAUGCUUACCGCAAGGGGAAUUUUUUAGUGACCCCUGACAAAGGUUACUGGGUUAUUGUCUUUUAUGGAGACAAAAAAUACGCAACCCGGACAAUACCGCCCGUGUACCUUUCAUUUAAAGGGAAACCUCGGAAAGUCGGGGUGUAUGUAGAUUAUGAAGAAGGUCUCGUGUCCUUUUAUGAUGUGAUGUCUCAGUCUCACAUCUACUCAUUUACUGAGUGUUCGUUUGGUGGUGAGAUCCUCCCAUACUUCAGUCUCCAUCUGAAACCAGAUGAGAAAAACAGCGAUCCUUUGAUUAUAUCUGCUAUGGAAAAGCAGUAG